AUGACUAGCUUGGUUCGAACGCUGCUACUGUUGCGAAGCGAAAAUGGCGACAAACCGUACCUCACUGCUCGUUCUCAGGAAGUUCACCCGCCGACGUUCGCCGACGAGCCUCUGACGGGGAGCCUUCGGGCGGGCUUCAUUGCAAUAGGAGCAGUCGCUCUCUGCUCAUGGAUCGCUACAUUCUCGCUCAUUUCCUUCCUAACGUACCGAUUCAUUUUCUGGCAGCGUUACUACAAGCGUCCUCUUGCGCACAAUCAAUAUGUCCUGCUCAUCUAUAACCUCCUCCUCGUCGACAUUCAACAAGCAACGGCGUUCUUGCUCUGCCUGCAUUGGGUCGCCCGUGGCGGUGUAAAUUAUCCCAGCGCGGCAUGCGUUCUCCAAGGGUGGUGGAUUCAGACCGCAGAUCCAGGAAGUGGUUUAUUCGUGUUGGCCAUUGCGAUACAUACUUGUGCAGUUGUGCUACGUGGGCGGCAAUUACCGUUUACGACGUUUGUCUGGUGUGUCGUUGGGCUCUGGGCUUUCAUCAUUCUGCUCGGAUUGAUUGCCGUCGGAUUGUAUGGCUCGAAGACCUUUGUGAUUUCGGAAGCCGGCUGGUGCUGGCUCAGCCCGCAAGCCCAAGAUGAGCGGCUCUGGGGACACUAUCUAUGGAUUUUCCUUUCCGAAUUUGGCACGAUCAUUCUGUACGGCAUCAUGUUUUUUUAUCUCCGGCGUCAGAUGAAACAAGCAGCGGCCCUUCGACAAAACCACCAGGAAAGUCUUAACCGAUUGAACCGAGUCGUCGUGUACAUGGUUAUUUAUCCUCUGGUAUACGUUCUUCUCUCCCUUCCUCUGGCUGCGGGGCGAAUGUCGACGGCCAGGCAUGUCGUUCCCAGCAAGGAAUACUUUGCCGCCGCCGGUGCCCUCAUGGCUCUGUCCGGACUUGUGGAUGUCAUUGUGUACACCUUGACCCGCCGGCAUCUGCUGCUGGACACCGAGGUCAGCACGUCGGAUCGUUACUACGCGCACACCGGCUCGAAUCUGUACAACACGCACGUCAGCACCACCGUCGCCGGUCCUGAGAGCAAGAAGUCUCGGGUCAAGUCUCGCCUCCGCCGUGGCUUGCAAAGUAUCAACGAUACGAUGCUCGAUGACCGAGGCGAUUCAACAGAAGAUAUUGUGCCGAAAGGCCCGAAAGGCGACAUGGAGCUGAGCAAUAUGGCCCACGGAGUAUACCAGGAAACGACCAUUGAGAUCACGCACGAAGCCGCAGAGCCAGAGGAAACUUUACGGAAGCCAAAUCGGUUCAGCAGAUAA